CACUUUUAUUCUUACGUUUGGGCUUAACACGUUUUUCUAAAAAAUUUCAAAUUCCUUUUUUCUUUUAAAUUUUCAAAAUUAUGGAGACCUACGGAAUGGCAGCACCAAUAAAUGACACUGCGAUCGAUUGCUACCAUCAGUAUGUCGCUCAGACCGGUUAUCGCUGCGAACUUCCCGAGGACGGGGACCACCUGAAGGCGUACUCCGAUUGUCCCGAGCCUGCCCAUUACAACAGGCUACACGAUUGGUAUCCCCACAGGUCGAGGAACUAUCAGGAUGAUUGUGCACCCUACAGGGAUGCUAAUUAUCGCUCCUCCAGACGGGAUGAUGUGAACAACGGCCGAUACAGUUCCCGAAAUGGACUAUAUUCUCCUGCUGAAUUACGCAGAGGCGGAGGAGAUACAUUUAACUCGUUGCCAGCAGGUUUGGGCAGUUAUGAGCGCUCCAUGUGGCAACGGGGAUCACGAAAUCGCUGGUUCUAGUUAAAAAGAAAUAUUGAUUUGUGGAAAUCGGAAGUCAAUAUCACUCAUGGAGAGUCGACUGCUAAAUGCGCAGAAA